CGCCGCCGCCGCCUCAGCUCCUGUCGCGAGGCCGUCGCCAUGGCGGGCGGUCCGUCUCGCCGCCCGCUCCCGCUGCCCGUGGGGCCCAAGGCGCUGCUGGUGCUGCUGCUGGUGCUCGGGGGCCACCGCGGGGCCCAAGCUUUAUUGUGCGAGUGCAACGAAUGCAACCAAGGCAACACUACAUGCGAAACAGACGGAGCCUGCAUGGUCUCAAUAACAAAUGUGAAUGGGCUGAUGCAUCAUGUCCGAACCUGUAUCCCUAAAGCCAAGCUGAUACCUGCUGGAAAACCCUUCUUCUGCCUGAGUUCAGAAGAUGUGCGCAACACACACUGCUGCUAUGAAGACUACUGUAACAAAAUUGAUCCUCUAGUACCCAGUGGGCAUCGGAAAGAUGACGAAACACCUUCUGGCUGGGGACCUGUGGAGCUUGUGGCUGUGAUUGCAGGCCCGGUCUUCCUUGUGUUUGUCAUUAUGAUCAUAGUGGUUUUUGUCUUUCACCACCACCAGCGAGUAUAUCACAAUCGUCAACGGCUGGACAUGGAAGAUCCAUCUUGCGAGAUGUGUCUAUCCAAGGACAAAACCCUUCAAGAUCUAGUGUAUGAUCUGUCUACCUCCGGCUCUGGCUCAGGUUUGCCACUCUUUGUCCAGCGCACUGUGGCUCGGACAAUUGUCCUGCAGGAAAUAAUCGGCAAAGGUCGUUUUGGGGAAGUGUGGCGUGGCCGGUGGCGUGGCGGCGAUGUAGCUGUGAAAAUAUUUUCUUCGCGGGAAGAGAGAUCCUGGUUCAGAGAAGCCGAGAUCUACCAAACGGUCAUGCUGCGCCAUGAGAAUAUUUUGGGGUUUAUCGCUGCAGACAACAAAGAUAAUGGCACUUGGACUCAGUUGUGGUUGGUCUCCGAUUACCACGAGCAUGGCUCUCUGUUUGAUUACCUCAACCGAUACACUGUAACCAUCGAGGGGAUGAUUAAAUUGGCUCUGUCCGCUGCCAGUGGACUAGCACACCUGCACAUGGAAAUUGUGGGAACCCAAGGAAAACCUGGGAUUGCUCACCGGGACUUGAAAUCCAAGAAUAUACUGGUGAAGAGGAAUGGAACUUGUGCCAUUGCCGACUUGGGUCUGGCUGUCCGCCAUGACGCUGUUACUGAUACAAUUGACAUAGCCCCCAAUCAGAGGGUUGGAACAAAGCGCUACAUGGCUCCCGAGGUUCUUGAUGAAACAAUUAACAUGAAGCAUUUUGAUUCAUUUAAAUGUGCUGAUAUCUAUGCCCUGGGACUAGUUUAUUGGGAAAUUGCUCGGAGAUGCAACUCAGGAGGUAUUCAUGAAGAAUAUCAGCUGCCAUACUAUGACCUUGUACCGUCUGACCCCUCCAUAGAAGAAAUGCGGAAGGUUGUAUGUGACCAGAAGCUACGGCCUAACGUUCCCAACUGGUGGCAGAGUUACGAGGUACAGUUUGACUGUCACAAAGGCUAUAACAACUUGCCGCUUCUUGAACAAGAGGCUUUGCGAGUUAUGGGGAAAAUGAUGCGAGAGUGCUGGUAUGCCAAUGGAGCAGCACGACUAACAGCCUUGCGCAUCAAGAAAACACUUUCUCAUCUCAGUAUCCACGAGGAUGUGAAAGUUUAGUCUGCAAGCCCCUUUCCCGAGGAAACUGCGCAAAAGCUGCCAUGCUAGAAUUGAUGAGUGGUGGAGAAGGCCUACCUCGUAUUUCUACACAGCCUGCUCCUAUCAGCUGGACAACUUGGCGUGCAGGUUAGGUGAGGAAAGUGGAAACCCACAGACUCGGCUCCCUUCCUGAUUGACGAGUGAAAUUCAUCUGUUUUUCUAAUCCUCUCCUGAGAGCGUGAGGAUGGGCUUCUUGUAUAGAGAGAGAAGUUGACCGCAACUGUAUCUUGUUUCUCUGAUGGAAAUCCCUGUAAAUUCUAGCGACACGCAUGUCGGGGACAGCCCUGUGGCUUAGGGGAAGUGCUUGAGGACCAACGUAUGCACACAACAGAUUUGUGUGCUCCCUUGUCUGGCCAUGUGAAGCUCUUGGUCCUUUACUAGUUUGACAGAUCCUAAGCCACUGCAGCCAUUAGUGUCCAGCAGCGUGAGCAUGUGCAAAGGUACGUGUCCCUGUGCCCCUUUGGUAUUAUCGUGUCCGCUUGUGCCCCUGUGCAUGUGCAAAUGUAGAGUGUCCUCAUGUGAAAGUGCAGGUGCUCGUGCUCUCUUUGUCCCACACGUUGAGCAUCAUUAUCCCUUUUUCCUCUCACUAGGGAAGGGUGCGGGGGAAUCUUCCCUGCCAUUUCUAGACCCAUCGGGGCACUACACAAACUAUCUCACUGCCAUCCCUCCCUUCUUUUCAAAGCAGGGAAUAGGUUUA